AUGUCCUCGCCAGACCUGGACAUGCAGGCCCUCCAGCGACUCAGGAGCGAAUUCUCCCACGCUCUGAGGGACUUUGCUUCUUCGCCGUCUGCAUUCCGGAUCUUACACUCGAUCCCAUCCGCCACCAUAGCCCCGACACCGUCAAACCCGAUUGUCACUAGGACGCUCUACCUCCUCGACUCGAGCUUCAACCCGCCGUCAAAGGCGCAUUCAAGUCUGGUGAAGACGGCACUGAGAUCACGAGAUGCCCGUCCCGCACCUGGAGAGCAGACUCCGAGGGUCCUGUUUCUGCUGGCCACUGUGAAUGCAGACAAGAAGCCCAAGCCCGCUGACUUUGAGGACCGGCUUGUCAUGAUGACUUUGGCGGCUGAGGAUCUUCGGUCUGAGUAUACCUCGAGAGUUACUGCUGGUGACUCUUCACGGUCAAGUACGACCUCUGAUACCCCAGCCCCGAUCAUCGACAUUGGCAUCACAAAGGAGCCCUAUUUCGUCGACAAGGCCACCGCGAUCGACGCAAGCGGGCUCUACCGCCCUCCAGGGUACGACCCUUCAUCGACCUCCUCUCCCUCGGAAGACGGCGGCGGCGUGGUCGAACAAAUCCACCUCACAGGCUUCGACACCCUGCUCCGGAUCUUCACGCCGAAAUACUACCCCAACAGCCACCCACCACUAUCGGCGUUGGAGCCUUUUCUACGACGACACCGUCUCCGGGCCACGAUCCGCGUCGACGCCAACAGCCCCUCGCAAAACCUCAAGGACGCGCAGCAGACGCCGCCGUCGUGCUCACACGCGCCUCCGGAUCUGACGACGAUCGCCGGCCAAGAGGCGUACCUGGACGGCAUCAGGAACGGGGCGCUGGAGAAGGACGGGCUCAAGCGCGAGUGGGCGCAGAGGGUGGACUUGGCGGUGGACGACUCCGGCGAGACCGACGGCGUGAGCAGCACCAAGAUACGGAACGCCAUGAAGGGUGGCGACUGGGACGAGGUGCAAGGGUUGGUCGGGCGUAAGGUCGGAGAGUGGAUUCGACAUCGACGACUAUAUCUAGAGGAGGAAAAAGAAGAAAAGUAA